AGAGCUAAAGCAAGACAAACUGUACUGAGACUGCAUAUAAUACAUGUAGUACUAUAUCAAGUUCACUAAUACUUUUCAGGCCUGUUCAAACUGUGUCUGAGAUUGUCAAGUCCCAGUAUUAAUAACGGACCAAAGGCAUAACUAUUGAGUAUUCUAGAAUUCCUACCAUGGCCGAUGCAAUGAAUGCCAUCUCCCAGAGUAUGGAGUGUCCUGUGUGUCUUUCUACAUUCACCGAUCCCAAGAUCCUGUCUUGUUCUCAUACUUUUUGCAAGACUUGCCUGGACAACCUCUUGGAGUGCCACGGUAACUGUCAGAUCCGAUGCCCUAUCUGCAGAGCUGUGACCCAGGUCCCAAACCAAGAUGUCGGCAAACUACAGACAAAUCUUGCUUUGAAAAAUGUAAUAGAGGACAUGAAGUGUCAUCCGCAGAUUUGCACGAAUUGUAAAUCCAAUGACCGACCCAGUGCUGUUGUCUUCUGCCAAGACUGUGGAAAGUAUCUCUGCACCUCUUGUCUUAAUAUGCACUCUCAAUGGGGAGACUUCAUAGGUCAUGACGUCAUCGCCAUGAGUGAGAUCUCAUCAGGCAACGUAUCAGUGCGUAGAUACCGCAAAUGCAGGAAACACCCGAAAGAAGAUGAGGAGUGCUUCUGUUCCACCUGCAGGAGAUUCACAUGCUUCAGGUGUGUUGUCAUGGAACAUAAAGACGAGGGGCAUCAGGUCAUCGAGGCAGCUGCUUAUGAGGAUAAACACAUGAAGAGCAUCGAAUACCUGAAAUCAAAGGUGGACAAGAAACAAUCAUGCUUUCAGAAGUACAUUGAUUUCAUAGAUGAACAGAUGAAGAGUGUUGACAACGCUAAGAAACAGUGUACAAGUGACAUCAACAUAGCAUAUGAUGAAGCAGUCCGGCAGUUGACAGAAAAGAGAGAGAUCCUACUUAGAGACGUCAAAGGAACGGCUGAAGGAGUAGAGAAAGAACUGGAAAACAUGAAAAGAUUGGCUCAGAAGCACAUCAAUCAGUUGACGACCAUUGCUGAGAUGGUAACCAAUAGAACAAAGAUACCGUUCGAUAUGGAUACUUUGGCUGCACACGACACUCUAUGUGAAGAGUUACUAGAGGGGUUUGAUCAAGAGGAUCCUGACUACGAGCAGCCGAGAAAAUCCAGCAAGAAGGGGAAAAGUGUAAGUUUUGAGAGAAACAUUGGAAAGGAUGAGUUAGGCCUUGGACAGAUUGUUAAUGUAGUUGUAAAGAACUUUAUUUUGCUUACUCAGGAUAGCAUGAAUGCUCUGGUUAGUACACCAGACGGUAGAAUGGCAGUAGGAUGUAACCCAGGUGGCGUGAAUAUAUUCUCUGCUGAUGGUCAGCUUCAGCAAACAGUUCUUAAGGAUAUUGAAAUGUAUGGCGUAGGAUUCCUCUCUGAUGGUCGAUGUGUUGUGAUUGACACUUCAAACAACAUUACACUGUACACACCAGAGUACACAAAGUUUAAUGUAAUGUUUCAGACUCUGAGUAAUGAUGAAGGUGGCUUUUCUAAUCUCACUGUUGAUGGUGAUGAUCUGAUCUACGUGAGCUACAGGAAAGCCGAGAAGAUCCAGGUUUUUUCAACAGCAGGUGGGCAAGCAGUCAGGGAGAUACCAUGCAACGGGUAUGAACCACAGCAAAUCACUAGUUACCAUGGUUCUCUGAUCACUUCAUCAGAUGAUACUAUCAGAUCGAUAGACAAAGAGGGUGCUGUACAACAUGAAUUAAAGAAAGGGGGUAGCUUCCUUUACGCUGCUGUAUCUCAAGGGAAUACAAUUCUGAUAGCCGAGGUGAAGCAUAAUGAAGACUUGGUGAGAAUUGACGAGUAUACAAAUGAAUUAAGGCACAUUCGAAACCUCGUUAAUGAUUUCAAGAUUGAGAAGCCUAAGAGAUAUUGGUGUUAUCUUCAGCAAUACCGAUCAGGAGAGAUCGCUUUUUGCAUCGCGGAUAGACUCUACAUUUUCCACUGAAAAUAAUGGAUGACAAACUUUGAUGCAUAGUAUGGUAUUAUCAUCUUGUAGGGCUUAUUAUAUUCACUCGCGUUGGUAAUCACUCGCGUCGCGU